AAAGCAAGUUGCAAACUAAUAUAGGGUUUUUGGUUUAUGCUGAUCAUAUUGUUAUUUAAGAAAACAAUUUACAAAAUUGAAGGAAUAUUUUAAAAAAGUUUUUAGCCUUGAAACGCUUAUAUACUCCAGGAUUGUGUAUUGUUAAAUGUACUUUUUGUAUUUGACAACACGAUUAUUUUUUAAUUAUAAAAUAUAUUAUUUAUGACGAUUUUUAGCAUACGAAAUGAUUGUUUCCCGACAACUAUUAGAAAAAUGAAUGUAUUGACUCUGUCAGAAGACUCGGAACUAAUAAAAAAAAAAACCGAAUGUAUUGAUGCCCAGAGGUGGAGCAGAGAGAGACAGAGCGAGGGCCGCAGGAGAACGGAGGAAGCAGCAAGUUGAAGCCAAGUCGUAGCGAGUCCGAGCGGAAAAUGGAGAUGUUGGAGUUGAUGGAAGAGAUGACCAACAACGUCGAUGGAGAGCAGGAGAAGGUGCUGGCCGACAUCCUCUUCUUGAAUGCCCACACCGAGUACCUGCAGAGGCAUGGUCUUGCCGGAAAAACAGACCGGGAGUCGUUCCAGACGAAGCUGCCCCUCGUUACCUAUGAAGACAUCAGGCCGGACAUCCAUCGUAUAGCAAACGGUGAUCGCUCUCCCAUCCUGUCUGCCCUUCCCCUUUCCCACUUCCUUUGCAGCUCCGGCACGUCAGGUGGUGAGAAGAAGUUGCUCCCACUGGUAGAGGGGGAUCUCGACAGAGUGGAGAUGGUAUGGAGGGUUAUGGGUAGCCUGAUGAACUGGCAUGGCUAUGGUUUGAAGCAAGGGAAGACCCUCAAAUUCGUCCACGUUAGAAAAGAGUGGGAGACGGGUGCAGGCAUUGCAGUUCGCUAUAUUGUUACAAGCUGGUACAAAAGCUGUAACUUCCUUUCCAACCACCAUCAAUACAGCACCACCCACACCAGCCCCCUUGCCUCUAUACAUUGCACAGACACGUUCCAGAGCACAUACUCGCAGUUGCUCGCUGGCCUGGCCGACCGGCUGUCCGUCAUCCAGCUGAGCGCCACCUUUGCGCUGGGCCUGCACCAGGCCAUCCGCUUCCUCGAGCGCCACUAUCUGGACCUGGCAAUGGACAUUGAGAAGGGGACGGUUGAUCCUCGAAUCACGGACGAAGAUAUACGGGCGGCGCUGGAGACAAGAUUGGCACCUGACCCCGAGAAUGCAAGGCAUAUAAGAAAAGAGUGUGGAUGUGGGCAAUGGAAGGGCAUCAUAAGAAGGAUCUGGCCCAACGCCCAGUACUUGGAAGCCGUGGCGACGGGGAGUAUGAGUCCCUUCGUCCCUGUCUUGGAGUUUUACAGCGACGGUCUGCCUCUGGUUAGCCUUGCGUAUGCGUCGUCCGAGUGCUUCUUCGGGAUCAACUUGAACCCUUUCUGUAAGCCGGAGGACGUCACCUACACCAUCAUCCCGAAUUUGGCCCAUUUUGAGUUUUUGCCGGUCCAAUCACCGGAAAAUUGCCUGCAGCCGGCAGAACUCGUGAAUUUGGCCGAUGUUCAAAUGGGGAAGGAGUACGAGAUAGUGGUGACCACUUACUCAGGUCUUUACCGUUAUAGAGUGGGAGACAUCCUGAGAGUCGUGAGUUUCUACAACAAAGCGCCCCAAUUCAAGUUCGUUUGCCGUGGAAAUGUUGUGUUAAGCAUCGACAUAGAAAAAACCAGUGAGGCAGAUCUGCAGAAAGCAGUAGCGGCGGCGGAGGCCGCUCACCUUAUUCCACACAACACGAGAGUGGCGGAAUUUACUAGUUACGCCGACACCACCACCACUCCCGGCCACUAUGUCAUUUACUUGGAACUCUCACGAACAACAGAUCAGACGGAAGGUUUUUCAGCAGAUUAUUUGAUUGGGCAGUGUUGUUUGGCAAUUGAGGAAUCAUUUGAUGCUACUUAUAAAGAAGUGCGCGUUUAUGACAGAUCCAUCGGGCCGCUAGAAAUUAAGGUAGUGAAGAAUGGCACUUUUGACAGACUCAUGGAUUUUGCUGUAUCUAAUGGUGCUUCCGUGGCUCAGUACAAACCUCCUAGGUGUGUGAAAUCUGAUUCCCUCCUGCAAAUUUUAGAUGCAGCGGUUGUUUCUGCCCAUUUCAGUCCUCGUCCCCCAAGUUGGUCGAAGUAGCACUGCAGCAUCGUCGUUUCCAUCUGGCAGACACUCAUGGAUUGAAGUCUCAAGCGCAAGAGAUUUACACAGAUUUCACUGUUUGUAUUAAAUAAGAUAUGGAUUCCCCUGCUUGUUGCUUGGUUGAAUGAGUUUUUCGUUCAUUCUUUGAAUUAAUAUGUAAUAAAACAGGGCAAAUGUUUUAUACUUAAAAGGUUGUUUGAUUCGUGGAAUGAGAAUAC